AGGAAGCAAUUGAUGAAGAAAUCAGUAUAGAUGAAAAUGUAGAAUCAGCUGCAAGAGCGUUAAUGAAGUUAUCACAAGAUACUGCAACAUCCAAUGAAAGAAAUGAUGAACAAGACUUCCAACUUACUGAUAGUGAAGAAACAAUUUUGACAUCUUCAACAAAUUCUCCCUCUCCAGAACAACCUCCCUCUUUUGAAUCUAUUAAUUUAGUCUCUUUGGAAUCUGAAUCUCAAGAAGAGAUUAAUUUAGUUUCUUUGGAAUCUGAAUCACAAAAGUUGCCAAACUAUCCAGUAUCUGCUAAAAUUUCUAAUAAAAAGAUACUAAUUGCUGAAUUCAUUCAAAAAAUAACUACAGCAGCUUCAUCUGAUGAUAUAGAUAUGUCUGUAAAUAUUGUAAAUGAGAGUGCUGAAGAUUUUAUAGAAAAAAAAUUAGCUCAAUUAUUCCAAACAGCUUAUAGAAGUGAAAAGAAACUUCAACGAAUUAAGCAAAAGGAAAUUCAAAAUUGGUAUAAUUAUGCUGAAGUAUUUGAAGAUAGAGUAGGUCAACUUAUUGAAGAUGGUUAUGAAGAUAAUGUUGCACAAACUGAAUUAUAUGAUGAAAUAUUUCCAUUAAUUUCAGAUAUCACACAGGAGAACUUGCGACAGAGAACGCAUAAAGUGUAA